AUGCAAUACAGGUUCCUACUAUCGACAAUCGUUCUUGUCGCGCUAUUAUCCUUCGCCAUCGCCAAAAAGAACUUUUAUCAGAUCCUUGGUGUUGAUAAAUCAGCAUCAGAUAAAGAGAUCAAAUCGGCGUAUCGUCAAUUAACGUUGAAGUACCAUCCAGAUAAGAACCCAGGAGAUGAUGAAGCCCAUGAAAAAUUUCUUGAAAUUGGUGAGGCUUAUGAAGUAUUGAGUGAUGCCACGAAACGGAAAAACUACGAUACGUUUGGUGAUCCUAAUGGACAGCCACAACAGCACAAUUUCGACUUUGGUGAUAUCUUUGGUCAAUUCUUUGGUGGAGGACAUGGUGGUGGUGGCAGCGGAGGUCGCCGUGGCCAGCCACAAGUGAAGCGUGGUAAUGAUGCCAAUGUCGAUCUUCAUUUAUCAUUAAAGGAUUUCUAUCGUGGUAAAUUAGUGGCGUUUGAUGUUGCUAUGCAAAAUGAGUGUGAGAAAUGUGGUGGGACUGGAUCAAAAGAUAAACAACGCCACACGUGUGAAAGAUGUCAAGGUACGGGGCAAAUUGUUGUUCAACAUCAACUAGCACCGGGAUUCUCCCAACAAGUCCGUAUGGCGUGUGAUGUAUGUCGAGGUACUGGAAGACUGGUUAAGAAUGCAUGUAAGACGUGUAAUGGGGAAGGUGCAGUGCGUGGUCCACGACAUUAUGACGUCCAUUUGGAACGAGGACAAAAUCGAGAUUCUGCAAUUAGGUUAGAAGGCGAAGGAGACAAGAGUCCCGAAUGGGUUCCUGGUGAUUUAAUCGUCAAGUUUAGAGAAAAGUUUACUGAGAGCUGGGGGUAUAGAAGAAUUGGCGACAAUUUGUAUCGUACAGAGGUGUUGUCGUUGAAGGAAGCGUUGCAAGGUGGGUGGGAGAGACAUGUGCCAUUCCUUGGUGGAGACGAAGAUGAUGACGAGUAUAGAGAAGUGGUGUUGAAGCGUGCUCAAGGUGAGAGUGUAAUGGAUGGACAAAUCGAAGUGGUUGAAGGUUAUGGUAUGCCAUUGGUGACGGAUCAUGAUGAAGACGAUAAGUUUGGUGAUUUGUAUAUUGAGUACAAGGUGGUGAUACCAGGUGGUGGUGAUGCUAAGGCUAAGAAAAGUGUAAAGAAGGAUGAGUUGUGA